UAUUGGUCAUUGCACAUUAAAUUCUAAGAAGACGUGGAAGUACAGAUGAAGCCACAUUAAAUUCUAAGAAGACGUGGUAGUACAGAUGAAGCGUGGAAAAGUAUUUCGUUUCCCCCUCUACAGGCAACCCAUUAAAAAGGAUGGGCAGAGAAAUCGAGCAUACGCCCACUUUGAAGCGAUAAAUUUCAACAUGAACGUUCUAACAGGAUUUCUGUGCUAUUUCCUGUUCCUCCAUGUAUACACGGUGGCUCAACUUCCUGAGGAUUAUUAUAAGAAAAAGGAAGCACAAGUUAAAAAAAUGGCAGAUGAGAUUUUGAAGCUGGAUGGAGCUAGAUGUGAAUGGGCUGCCAAUUGUUCAUCAUCAACCUGUUCAAGGCACGCUUGCACUCCAAUAGGUGGAUUUGACGACGCCAAUAAAUAUAAUUUCACCUGUCAAAUACAAAAUGAGCCUAAUCAGUACUGCUCAUCUUCUACUGGUCCCUGCAAAUCUCGUCAGGUUAACUAUGCAAUGAGUUAUGUUAGGAUGGCUCCCUCGCCAAUAUCUAUGACCACUAUACCUCCAGUCACAGAAGAAAUGUGCUCAACAAUUUGCAUGACAAGGGAUUUUACAAGCACUAUGAAGGAUCUCGCCUCUGAGAAUAAUUAUGCUAAUGAAGUAGAUGAACUUUUUUACUUUGGUUCCAUCGAUGGAGUAGCCCGCUUUUACCCUGGAGAAGAAUUAAAUGAUCAAGAUGCUAAGUGCUAUAGUUAUGAUCCAAGGACAAGACCAUGGUAUAAUGGCGCCAUAUCUUUACCAACGUACCUUAUUGUUCUUAUUGAUAAUAGUAACUCUGCCAACAUCCAGAUCAACUCGCCAUCAUUGAACACUGCUUUUAAAGAAGCUCAAAAAAUGGUUAAAAAACUUAUAUACACACCAUCCGCUGGUGAUAUGUUGGAUGUGAUUGCAUUCAAUGAGACAAAUGCCACUGCAGUAACCCAAAAUCCGGUGAGCAUUCAGGAUGAUUCAGAGUUGGGGGAAUUUCAAGACGGAAGGAAGAACUUAUCUCAGCUGAUCGAUGGAAUACCAAAAACAAGUGACAAUUCAGUGGCAAUUUUUUUGGGUGGUUUUAAACAAGCCAUUUCAAUCGCCUUACUCAAAAUGAAAGACAGCAGUAGUAGACCAAAUAAGGUCAUUUUGGUGUUUACGAAUGGAGGGUUCGCCUCAAGUCUUCAGUUAGCAGACCGACAGCCAGUCUCUGCAAUGCUCAAGAGCAAUUUUACGAAACUUUUUAUAUAUAGCUUUGAUAAAUCUUUAAAUCUGGAGGCUCUUGCUAAGGAAUCUGAUGGCUACUAUGAAACCAUUGUAGAUAAUUUUGACAAUCCCUUAUACCAAAUAAGCAGCUUCUUCAAUUUCAUGGCACUUACACGCAAUGCAUCAGGAAAUGAACCACACUGGACCAAGUUCUAUAAAGAUGCCGAAGGACGUGGAAAUAUUACAACUGUAUCCUACCAAGCCCUUAGCCAAGUGGGCCAUUUGGUGGGGGUCGUUGCAAUUGAUAUUAUUUUCAAACCAGACCAAGGAAAACUUCCCUCCAAAGCUGGCAAUCGUCCUACGCCGAGUACUACCCAUGAUGUUCAUACUGAGGUAAAGCCAACCAGCAAUACUUGCCCAAAGUGUGACGUUAAGAAAGCAAUUUGUGCAAGCUCAACCAAAAAGAUUUUCAGAGAUCUGGAGUGUUGUGAAAGCUGUAAUCCAGAGAGCCAUAAAUGGAGUGUAGGAAAGAAAGUUGCAGCAAUAGGUGUGCCACUAGUUGUUAUGUUGGCGUUAAUCAUAUCAGUUGCAUGGUGGGUGUGGAGGAGAAGAAAACGAUGUCGAAUUCCAAAGCCAUCAACCACUGAGUUGGGGCCUUACGAAUAGGUAUAUAAUUUGACAAAUCACAAUGAUAAUGUUGCUAAAUAUUUGAUGUCAUUGCUAAAACAUGAUAUAAGAGAAUAUAUAAAUUCAAUACGGAUAAUCACAGCCUUCCCGGUAAUCACAGCCUUCCCGGUUGCAUUUGACAGUUAUUCUCAAUGGUUAAUUGUUGCUUCAUAUCAAUCUCCACAUCAUUUCAAUAA